UCUCUCUCUCUCUUUUGUUGGUCGUCGGGGUCAACUGCCAUCUGACGCACUCAAGGUCGGACGCACGUCCUUGCAAGGAACACAGGACCAUCAACAUGGCAACGGCCACGGAGAAUGAUGAUUUGCCCCAGGGCUGGGAGGAGAUCUGGGAUCCUACCAUGCAAAAGAUGUUUUACGUCGACCACAACACGCAGACCACCACCUGGGUUCACCCAAACCACCGUAACAUGAGCGACAUGCUCCCCGAGGGCUGGGAGCGCGCUUGGGACAAUGAAUGUGGUGAUUACUAUAUUGAUCACAACACCUGGUCCACCUUCCUGCCGGAAGAGCUCAUGGCUCGUUUCCGUGAUCGUGAGAUGUGCCAGCGCAUGCUGGCCAUGCAUCGCGAGGAAGCUCGCCGCCUGAUGGAGCAACUUGAUCAGACAAUGCUCCGUCUCAAGUCUGCCGAUAAGCGCGAGGCCAAGCACCUCAAGCGGCGCGCCGCCGAGCUCCAGCGCAACAUCAACCUCAAAAUCAAGACCAUUCAGGCCUUUGAGGAAGAGAUGGAUCGCUUCCAUGUCGAGGAAGCCACAGCUGGCAUCGUGGCCGUGGAUAGCGCCAACGUUACCAUUCAGAGCACCGUCACUACUCCCAACGGUCGCGCCCCUCCACCUCGACAUGAGUUUGGCGCAGCGCAAACAUCCAACCACUUCUCCGUUGAUCAGGGCACCAUGCCCGCCAGCGUCGAAGCACAGGGUGCAGGCGUUGGCAUGGCCACUUUUGGAGCGGACCACAAGGUUGCUACCGUUGACGAGGGCACCAACCCGGACGAAGGUGCUACCCUGACAGCUUCAGGUGGUGGUAGCGGUGCCGGCAUGCGUGGAACCAGCGUUCACGGUAGCAAUGCCAUUCCUGCUAAUACCGACGCCUCUGGUUCUGGCUCAGGCUCAGCAACCAUGGAAGAUUCCGCCACCUUUACCACCUUUGGCGUGGCCACAACCUCGGCCUCGGGUGGCCCCGCGAGCGAGGCUGGAGCCGCCUCCGGAAAUGGCGGGGCCGACAUGGACAUUGGCGAGCCCGUGACCCCGCAAAAGGCCACCAACAAGCACCUCAAACUUGCCGAGAGCCAGCAAAUUCCUGACACCCCAGAAAUCAACAACAAGAUCGAUCUGCAGGACAUUGAGGAUUGGGACUAUUUGCACAAGGCCUUGAAGAACAACGAGUCCCUCUCCGACUGGGUCCUGCAGCAACCCCCCCAUGUGCAACGCAUCUUUGAACAUCGCCAAGAUGCCACCCAGGUCGUGCUGGCUCGUCGCCUGAUCAAGUUGAAGGAAUUGCAGGAGGAACAAACUCGCCUGCAUCGCCCCUCUAGCGUCCGCUACAACAUGAAGCACAAGAUCAACGCCUUCAACGAACUGAGCUCUCCCAAAAAGGGCCCGACUGUGUCGCACGCGUAGCGUGCCCAUGUCUCUUUGCUUGUGGAUAUGUGUAUACGUGAGCAUUUGUUUGUGCCCAUCACCCAAUAUGUGUGCUUCCAUUAAGAAGCGUAUGCAUGUGCGGGUGCCGCACGCGGCGUCCUCCUGUUUCCUGUGUGUACCCGUCACGUUUGAUGAGCCUUCCGAAAAGCCGUCCGUCUUUUGUUUUCUUCUUCUCUCCUUCUCCCGCUCUCUCUAUUUGGUCUAUUUCUGUGUUCAUUUCUCUAUUAUUGCAUCGAUCACGCG